AGCAAAUGCACUCUCUUCACGUUAAGCUUAGUGAUGAACCAGAACUCUCAGCAGUAUGUUCAGCCCUACUUCUUGCAUUCAUUGAAAACUCCAGAGUAUUGAGAUACUGUUCUGGAGGUGGAGACUAUACAAACACCCAAAAUGAUUUUGGAGAUCAUCAAUUAGAGAUGGAUGUACAAUGCGAAUUGAAUGUCAAUACCGAAUUGAAGAAAACAGGAUUUGUUAGCCACACUGCAAGUGAAGAAACCCCAGAAGUACAAAUGAAUUCUAAUUUUUUAUAGAUGAAGCUUCUUUCUGAAGGUGGAAAGUAUAUAGUAACAUUUGAUCCAUUGGAUGGAAGUUCAAUUAUAGGAACCAACUUUGCAGUGGGUACAAUAGUUGCCAUUUGGAAAUCCGAUGACAAAUUAUUAAUUGGAAAAAAAGGUAGGGACAUGGUUUCUGCUUGUUGUUGUUUGUAUGGAAGCAGAACAAACGUGGUGUUCUGGAAUGAGAAGGAAUAGAAGGUCUAAGAAUACACAUUAUUUGGUAUGGCAUUAAUUUUGAUUAUGUAGAUGGUGAUAAGUAAGGACAUUGGGAAUUGACAAAGGAUAACAUCAAGAUCAAGCCAAAAGGCAAAUUGUUCAGUCCAGGAAACACAAGAUGCAUAGCUGAUCACAUUCCAUAUAGAGAGGUGGUUGAUUAUUGGAUUCAUAAUGGCUACACAUUGAGAUAUUCAGGUGGAAUGGCUCCAGAUAUUUGCUAAAUCUUCUUGAAAGAAGUAGGAGUGUUCUCUUGUUUUGGUGAUGCCAAAAAUCCAUCGAAAUUGAGAUAUCUUUAUGAAUGUGCCCCACUCUCCUUCUUAACCGAGAAGGCCGAAGGAAAGUCUUUCAAUGGUAAACACUCUGUGCUUGACACUGAAAUUACAGGAUAUCAAUAAAAGAGUGAAAUCAUCGUAGGAAGUGCAGAUGAGAUCGAAUUUUUCAAGAGUGUAUGGAAAAAGCAUGGACUUUUAAAAGAAUGAUAAUGUGUUUAUUGAAUAUUUUAAAU